AUGGCUUAUGCAAUUAUCACUAGAAUGAUCGUAUUUCUAUACUUGAUCUCAAUCUCCAAAGCUAUGCGUACUCUGGAUGUAAUCGACAACCACGAUCAGUCAAUGACAUCGCGACCGCUUAAUCAAGUUGGCAUUUGUAGCUUACUAAUUGAGACGAAAGGCUACAUGUGUGAAGAACAUAAGGUGAUAACAAAAGAUGGUUAUAUACUUAGCGUGCAACGGAUUCCAGCAGGGAGGAGUGGUGUGAAGGCAGACCAACCACCCGUUUUGUUACAACAUGGGCUUUUUCUGGAUGGCAGAAUAUGGGUUUUGAACUUCCCAAACCAAUCUCUUGGGUUUAUUUUGGCAGAUAACGGAUACGAUGUAUGGAUAGCAAAUACACGAGGAACCGAAUUCAGUCGUGGUCAUACUUCACUUAGUCCGAAUGAUCCGGCAUAUUGGGAAUGGUCAUGGGAUGAAUUAGUGAUGUAUGAGCUUCCGGCUUUAGUCCAAUUUGUGCAUGAUCAAACUGGCCAAAAUAUGCAUUAUGUUGGUCAUUCUUUGGGAACUUUGAUCGCGUUUUCUGCAAUUUCCAAAGGCCAAACAUCGAACAUGAUGAGAUCGGCCGUGAUGCUCUGCCCCGUAGCAUACUUAGGAGAAUUGUCGUCACCUCUCGCCAGAUUUGCUGCAGAUGCUUUUCUAGGCGAGGACAUAUAUUGGUUGGGUGUCCAUGAAUUUGAUCCAAGAGUGAAAGUUGUUCUUGAUUUUCUAAGUCAUAUUUGCAAGAUGCCCGAGAACAAAUGCAGCAACUUGCUCACAGCACUUACAGGGCAAAACUGUUGUCUGAACUCUUCCAUGACCGAUAAGUUACUUGAAAACGAACCGCAGCCAACAGCCACUAAAAACUUGAUCCAUCUUGCUCAAAUGGUUCGAAGUGGGACUAUAGCGAUGUAUGAUUAUGGAAAUGCAUAUGAUAACGAAAAGCAUUAUGGGCAAUUUACACCUCCAAUUUACGACAUUCGAAGCAUCCCAAAUAACUUAUCUAUGUACUUGAGUCAUGGUGGGGCGGACGAGAUCUCGGAUGUAAAUGAUGUCAUGAGAUUGCUAGAAAGUUUCAAGGAUCAUGACAACCCAGAUAAGCUUAUAGUGCAAUACAAGAAUGAUUAUUCACAUGUUGAUUUUAUUCUUGCCGUGAAUGCUAAAUACGUUGUGUAUGAUCCUUUAAUGGCAUUUUUCAAGCUUCAUUAG